AUGCAAGACACUAUGCAGGGAUGCAUGCCUGCACUCAUUGUGGGCAUCCGAAGGUGGCACUCGGGGGGGACAACCUACGCAAUCGCAGUGGCAGCAUUCAGCUCAACAUCCACAUUGACCGCAACUUGUUUUACUGUGGAGUUCUUGCUGCUGCUUCGAUAUUUAGCAGCAAGGCACCGUGCCGCUGUGGAUGGGCUGGUCACACUGGCCAUCAAAGCACCGGCAGCCAGACCUCCCCCUGCCAGCAACAUGCAUAAAAAAAGAGAAUCAGGAGGUGGGCGUCCCCAGCGGUUCAACCGCCAGGACCGCCAAGCACCCAGCGUGCGCUACAGCCUGGAAAAGGUGUGGCUGCGCGCGGAGGCAUGCUGUACACAGGCCCGACUGGGGGCCAGGCAGGGCGCACGGCGCCAGCAAGUGACAAAGCAGGGGCGGCAGGCGCUGAGCACGCCGGGGCCUUCGCCGCCAGGGGGGAGUUUGCACCAGGCAGGGCCCACGGCAGCAGCAAGUGUUGCUGGCAGGGGCGGCAAGCGCCCAGCGCGCAGUGGCCCCGCGGUAAACAGGGGAGGUGAUCGCGAGCGCGGGGCCUUCGAAAGUUCGAAAGUGGGGGCGCCUUGCACCUGGUUGUACUAUGACAGAGGGGAUGGGGGGCAGCAGAGCUCAGCGCGCCUGCAAGUGUUGGGGGCGGCAAGCAAUAAGCACGCCAGCAGUGCAUUCAAGAGGACAUGCAAGGCUCAGGCAAGGGUCAGGCGGCCCAGCUUGGGCCAGGGGCAGGGACACACAACGUGCACGAGGGGUGUUGGCCAGUGAGGGUAUGACCUUGAGCCAUGGCCCAGGGCGCGCGCAUGUUUUGCAAAGGAGCAGGGGCGCUCAGAGACGAAGGGAAAUGGCACUUAGGCAGGUUCGAAGCGCGCACAGCCUUGGCAAGGUCUCAAGCGAGCGCAGCCUGGGUGCUACUUGAGCGCCUACCUGAAAAGAGGGGGAUGGUGUACGGGGGAGGCACUGCCUAGGGGCGCGAAGCGCUCUUGGCGCACUGCAGAUACGAUGUGAGGCUCCCACCCCCCCCCCUCGAAACUUUGGCUUGCAACGAC